CGGACGGCUAGCAGCGACAGACGGAAGGUUAGCACAGCCUCGGUCAACUGCUCUCCUCCUGGCUUCCUUCCGGCCAGCUGAUGGUAGAUCAUGCUAACGAUGGCUUUGCUGUUCUUCUGGCUUCCUUCCGGCCAGCUGAUGGAAGGAAAAGAUGGCAGCAUCCGACUGUGAUGAGAAGGUCCAGCCUGGGGACAUGGUGGAGAUCUUCCGUGGCAGCUACCAGCACUGGGCCUUGUACGUGGGCCACGGCGCUGUUGUUCAUUUGGCCCCACCCUCCGAGUGUGCAGGGGCGGGCCCCGGCAGCAAGAUGUCCAUCUUUGCGGACAGAGCGCUUGUGAAGCGAGAGGAGCUGUGGGAGGUGGUGGGGAAGGACCGCUACAGAGUCAACAACCACCUGGACCACAAGUACAAGCCCCGCCUGUCCGACGACGUGGUGAGGGAGGCCCUGGCGCUGGUGGGCCAGAUGCUAAGCUACUGCAUCAUCAGUGCCAACUGUGAGCACUUUGUCACCAACCUGCGUUACGGCAAGCCCGAGUCCCGGCAGGUGCGACAAGCGGGAGAAGCCAUCUUGCUCACGGGGGUGACCAUGAGUGCCGUAGGCUUGGCGGUUGCAGCGCUACUUGGACUCAUCAGUAGCAAGGACAAGGACGGCCACAAACACUAACAUUUCUACCAGGGGUGCAAAUCAAGCGCUCCUUUCCCCCCUCCUGCCUGUCCUAACUUCUCCUGAGCUCACGUUCGCUGUUUCACACACAUGUUGCAUCCUAGCUAUAGCUAAAUACCACAUGAUGAGGAAGCCAUCAUAAACAUAAAACAUGCUAGCUGUAGCUAAAUACCACAUGAUGAGGAAGCCAUCAUAAACAUAAAACAUGCUAGCUAUAGCUAAAUACCACAUGAUGAGGAAGCCAUCAUAAACAUAAAACAUGCUAGCUGUAGCUAAAUACCACAUGAUGAGGAAGCCAUCAUAAACAUAAAACAUGCUAGCUGUAGCUAAAUACCACAUGAUGAGGAAGCCAUCAUAAACAUAAAACAUGCUAGCUAUAGCUAAAUACCACAUGACGAGGAAGCCAUCAUAAACAUAAAACAUCCUAGCUAUAGCUAAAUACCACAUGAUGAGGAAGCCAUCAUAAACAUAAAACAUCCUAGCUGUAGCUAAAUACCACAUGAUGAGGAAGCCAUCAUAAACAUAAAACAUGCUAGCUAUAGCUAAAUACCACAUGAUGAGGAAGCCAUCAUAAACAUAAAACAUGCUAGCUGUAGCUAAAUACCACAUGAUGAGGAAGCCAUCAUAAACAUAAAACAUGCUAGCUAUAGCUAAAUACCACAUGAUGAGGAAGCCAUCAUAAACAUAAAACAUGCUAGCUAUAGCUAAAUACCACAUGAUGAGGAAGCCAUCAUAAACAUAAAACAUGCUAGCUGUAGCUAAAUACCACAUGAUGAGGAAGCCAUCAUAAACAUAAAACAUGCUAGCUGUAGCUAAAUGCUAAGUGCCAAAGGUCUGCCAGAGACUAACCAACAGGGACACAAGCGGUGCAGCAACUACUCGUCCAUCUAAAGUGAAACAAGUCAGUGUAAAAACGUGAUGGCGUCUUGGUAUCAUAUGGUAUUGCUUUGCUAUUUAUUUCCAAAUUUAAGCAUUGAGCAGCAAAGCCCGACACAAAGCAGAGGACACCAAGUAUGCUGAUACUACAUUAUGUUUGAGAGGAAAGUACUGCUGCACACCACAGCAAUAGUAUUAGUCCACAAUUAGUCGUUUCAUAGAACUUAGAGAUCUAUUCCAACCUGACACCUUUUAUAUGUGACUGGAAUUAAAGCAACUGUAUGAUCUCUUGGUGGAGGUCUUUAUU